CCUUUUCAUCCCGUUCCUUCCCUUUCAACGGAGACUUCUCUCUCCCAAAUCUUCUCAUUCUCUCUCCAUCCGAACGCCACACAAUCGGCUUCCAUGGCGGCGUGCAUAGAGACUUCCAGAACCAAAACCCCCCAGCUCUCCCGGGAACCCACCAUGCCCAACAGCGCCGGAGGCGAUUACGAUUACCAGUGCAAGAUCGUCCGGCACUGCCGGCCCGCUUUCUGCGAUCGUGUUUCCGGGAUACCCAUCUGCCGGAAUCCCGGGAAUGCCCAACACCGGAGGUCCCCGGCGAGCUCAGGUAGGGACAGCAAUGGCGGCUCCUCCUUUGGGGAUGACCUGUGGGAGAAGAUGCGGGAGGAGGCUGAGCUCGUUUCCUCCCAGGAGCCGGUCCUGUCGAGCUAUUAUCGGAAUUCGAUUCUGUCCCAUGAUUUGAUGGAGAGCGCCCUCGCGAGCCACCUCUCGAUCAAGCUGAGCGAUUCGAGCCUCUGCAGCGAGACCCUCUACGAUCUCUUCAAGGCGGUGUUCGUCGAUGAUCCGGAGAUCGUGGAGGCCGUGAAGGCGGACCUGAGGGCCGUGAAGGAGAGGGACCCUGCCUGUAUCGGUUACGUCCACUGCUUCCUCAGCUUCAAAGGGUUCCUGGCUUGCCAGGCCCACCGGGUGGCCCAUAGGCUGUGGUCCCAGGGGCGCCGGGCCCUGGCCCUCGUGAUCCAGAGCCGGGUUUCGGAGGUCUUCGCGGUGGACAUCCACCCCGGGGCGAGGAUUGGGCGGGGGAUCCUCCUUGACCACGCGACCGGAGUCGUCGUCGGGGAGACUGCCGUGAUCGGGAACGACGUGUCCAUCCUCCACAACGUGACGCUCGGGGGGACCGGGAAGGCGUCCGGGGACCGGCACCCGAAGAUAGGAGACGGGGUCUUGAUUGGGGCUGGGACCUGCAUCCUAGGGAACAUUAGGAUAGGUGAAGGGGCAAAGAUAGGGGCGGGGUCGGUGGUCCUGAAGGACGUGCCUCCGAGGACGACCGCGGUCGGGAACCCUGCAAAGUUGGUCGGGGGGAAAGAGAACCCGAUUAAGCUCGACAGGAUCCCGAGCUUUACCAUGGACCACACUUCGUGGUCCGAUUAUGUCAUAUAGGAACUGAAAGUGAAGCCAAAAGGCAGAACAGAAUCUGGUCUAGGCAAGAAUUUCCUGAAGCCGGAAAUGGCCCCGAUUUACAAGAGAAGACUAGGCAUAUUUGAUCGACCCUUUCCCGACUCAUCGGAAGAAGGCUGCGGAGAUCGUUUCGGAGCUGGCCUUGUUAGUAGCUGCGGCACCACGGUCCUGACAUUUUGGUCUUUGAUUGUGGCUUUAGAUUCCAUAAUAAUGUAUGUAACCGAGAUGAUUGGCUUUGCUCUGUUGGUGCUCUAAGUGAGAACUGAAGUUCUCCUAUUGCCAAACAGAAGGUCCUUCUGUAGUGAGUUUAGUUAUAAACGGAAUGCCCCCCAUUAUCGUGGCAUAUUCUUUUUUCUCA